AUGCUAAAACUCAUCAUCCCUACAAUAAUGCUCCUACCCCUAACCUGGUGAUCAAGUAAUAAACUACUAUGAAUUAACACAACAAUCCACAGCCUCCUAAUCACUUUAAUAGCACUUCUAUUAAUAAAUCAACCCAACGUCCACAACCUAAACUUCUCACUAAUAUUCUCAUCAGACCCACUAUCUACGCCCCUUUUAAUCUUAACCUUCUGACUUCUACCCCUAAUGCUAAUUGCUAGCCAAAAUCAUCUCUCUAAAGAAAGCCUACUACGGAAAAAACUAUUCAUCUCGAUACUAGUGCUACUUCAAAUCUUCCUAAUUAUAACAUUUUCAGCCACAGAACUAAUUAUAUUCUACAUCUUAUUUGAAGCCACUCUUAUCCCCACACUCAUCAUUAUCACCCGCUGAGGUAACCAAACAGAACGACUAAACGCAGGGACCUACUUCCUAUUCUAUACCCUAGUAGGAUCCCUUCCCCUUUUAGUAGCUCUACUUUACAUUCAUAAUACCACCGGAACUCUAAACUUCCUAGUUAUCCAAACUCUAACCACCCCACUAACCGACUCCUGAUCCAACUCCCUUUUAUGACUAGCUUGUAUAAUAGCAUUCUUAGUAAAAAUACCUUUAUAUGGCCUACACCUCUGACUCCCCAAAGCCCAUGUAGAAGCCCCCAUUGCCGGCUCCAUAGUCCUAGCAGCAGUCCUACUAAAACUAGGAGGAUACGGCAUAAUACGACUAACCCUUAUUUUAAACCCAGUGACAGAGUAUAUAGCCUACCCCUUCCUCCUUUUGUCAUUGUGAGGUAUGGUUAUAACAAGUUCCAUCUGCUUACGACAAACCGACUUAAAAUCUCUAAUCGCAUACUCAUCCGUCAGCCACAUAGCACUUGUAAUUGUCGCAAUCCUAAUCCAAACCCCAUGAAGCUUCAUAGGGGCUACAGCCCUGAUAAUUGCCCAUGGCCUUACCUCAUCCAUACUAUUCUGCCUAGCCAAUACCAACUACGAACGUAUCCACAGCCGAACAAUAAUCCUAGCCCGAGGACUACAAACCAUCCUCCCACUUAUAGCCGCAUGAUGACUACUAGCCAGCCUAGCCAAUCUAGCCCUCCCUCCCUCCAUUAACCUAAUUGGAGAACUAUUCGUGAUUAUCUCAUCAUUCUCCUGGUCCAACCUCACAAUUAUCCUAGCAGGAACUAAUAUACUAAUCACCGCCCUUUACACCCUCUACAUACUAUCCACAACCCAACGCGGAAAACUCACCUACCACAUCAACAACAUAACCCCCUCCUUUACACGCGAACACACUCUUAUAUUACUCCACCUGCUCCCUCUAAUCCUCCUAUCAAUCAACCCCAAGAUCAUCCUUGGUAUUACAUAUU